GGCUUCCCGCGAGGCGCCGGAGCUGAACGCCGCCGCGGCUGACCUCAGGUCACACCCUCUUGGCUGGCAGCGGGGAGCCGUGCGAGCUCUUGUUGUGGUCCCUACUGGCUUGACUCCCGAACCCGCUUCCCCAAACAGGCUCGGAAGCCGGAAGCGAGAGAGUCCGUAUUCCGCGGACGCCGGUGCUCCGCAGCACGACAGGGGCUGAGCGUGGCCGUAAAGCAACGCCGAGCCGCGGCGCCCUUGGCGAAACCGUGGGUCAUGGCUGGCGUGGUGCGCAGCGGCGGGGCCAGCCUGGACCUGCUCCGCUCCCUGCCACGAGUGAGCCUGGCCAACCUGAAGCCCAACGCUGACUCCAGGAAACGGGAACGACGUCCAAGAGAUCGGAGACGAGGUAGGAAAUGUGGCAGAGGCCAUAAAGGAGAAAGACAGAGAGGAACUCGGCCCCGGCUGGGCUUUGAGGGAGGGCAGACUCCGUUUUACAUCCGAAUCCCAAAGUAUGGAUUCAAUGAAGGACAUAGUUUCAGGCAUCAGUAUCAGCCUUUGAGUCUCAGGAGACUGCAGUAUCUCAUUGAUUUAGGGCGAGUUGAUCCAACACAACCUAUUGACUUAACUCAGCUAGUCAAUGGGAGAGGUGUGACCAUCCAGCCACUCAAAAGGGAUUAUGGGGUCCAGCUGGUUGAAGAGGGUGCUGAUACUUUUCAAGCAAAAGUGAAUAUUGAGGUGCAGUUGGCUUCAGAAUUAGCUAUUGCUGCAAUCGAGAGAAAUGGCGGUGUUGUUACCACAGCCUUCUAUGACCCAAGAAGUCUGGAAAUCCUGUGCAAGCCUGUUCCUUUCUUCCUUCGGGGACAGCCCAUUCCAAAGCGAAUGCUCCCACCUGAAGCACUGGUGCCGUAUUACACAGAUGCAAAGAACCGGGGGUACCUGGCUGACCCUGCCAAGUUUCCUGAAGCAAGACUUGAACUCGCCAUGAAGUAUGGCUAUGUUCUUCCCGAUAUCACGAAAGAUGAACUGUUCAGAAUGCUCAGCGCUCGGAAGGAUCCAAGGCAGAUUUUCUUUGGUCUCGCUCCUGGCUGGGUGGUGAAUAUGGCAGAUAAGAAAAUUCUAAAGCCUACAGAUGAGAAUCUCCUCAAGUAUUACAGCUCCUGAACUCCCUUCCUGUAAAGCAGACGUGUUGAGAGCCACACAGGCUGAAACGAGGCUUCUUGAGGAUCUCAAGUCCUCCGGUCAAUCCCCACAUCAUUGUGGUCAGAUCUGAAGUGAAAUUCUAGGCAGCAGGGGCUGCACAGAGGAACUGAACGCCUCAAAAAGGCAAAUGGUGAUGGUCUUUAAGAAGUUGAUUUUUUAAAAAAAUUACUUAAACGCA